UUGAAAAUUGAAGGUUCCAGCUCUGAAAUCUAGCAAAAGAGUACUUCAUCAUGAACUUAUGUUUCUGUUCUUUGAUUCGUACUUCGCCUUUGAUUUACGACUCCAAUUUUCCAUGGAAUUUGAAUCUCAACCGCUCAAGUUAUCCUAUCGGUUUUUCUGUACACGGAAAUAGCAGGAAUCUUGUUGCGGGAGUUGUUCAACAUGGACUCGAAGUCAAUAACAUUUCUUUGCCGAGUCCGACAAUCGAGGCCGAGGAAGAAAAGGAAGUGGUUCGUGAACUCGUUAAUGGAGCCGCCGGCGCUGAAUUGGUGGAACAUAAACCGAAACCAGUGAGAGUUAGGAAGAAGAGAGCUGGUGAUGAUGAUAGUGAUGAUGAGAGCUUUGAGGAUAGGUUCAAGCUACGAAAUGGGAAGGAGGUUUUUGAAGAGAAAGCUUAUUUAGUGGGCGUGGAGAGAAAAGGCGAGACUUUGGGUUCGUUUGGCAUCGAGGAGUCGCUUAAGGAGCUGGCUCAGCUGGCCGACACUGCGGGGCUCAUGGUCGUUGGUUCAACUUAUCAAAAAUUAUCUUCUCCCAACCCGAGGACAUACAUAGGAUCAGGAAAGGUUGCAGAAAUUAAGAGCGCAAUUCAUGCUUUUGGGGUUGAGACUGUAAUUUUUGAUGAUGAGCUCUCACCGGGGCAAUUGCGCAAUUUGGAAAAGGCUUUCGGUGGGGAUGUUAGAGUUUGUGAUCGAACUGCUCUUAUCCUAGAUAUCUUUAACCAGAGAGCAGCAACACAUGAAGCAGCUUUGCAGGUUGCAUUGGCUCAAAUGGAAUACCAAUUGCCACGUCUUACUAGAAUGUGGACUCACCUUGAGCGUCAAGCUGGAGGAAAGGUGAAGGGUAUGGGUGAGAAACAAAUUGAAGUGGACAAGCGUAUCUUACGUACUCAAAUUGGGGUUCUCAAAAAAGAGCUUGAAUCCGUUCGAAAACAUCGAAAACAAUACAGAAACCGCCGGUUUUCUGUACCUGUUCCUGUAGUAUCUUUGGUUGGAUACACUAAUGCUGGCAAGAGUACACUUUUAAAUCAAUUGACUGGUGCUAAUGUUCUAUCUGAGGACCGACUCUUUGCAACCCUUGAUCCAACAACAAGAAGGGUUCAGAUGAAAAAUGGAAGCGAAUUUCUUCUUACAGACACUGUUGGUUUCAUCCAAAAGUUGCCAACUACCCUGGUUGCUGCCUUCAGAGCAACAUUGGAGGAGAUAUCAGAGUCUUCUCUUCUAGUGCAUGUGGUGGACAUCAGCCAUCCCCUAGCAGAGCAGCAGAUAGAUGCUGUGGAAGAAGUUCUUUCAGAACUAGAUGUGUCUGCAAUUCCAAGAUUAAUGGUCUGGAACAAGGUUGAUAGGGUUAGUGAUCCACAAAGAAUCAAGUUGGAAGCAGAGAGAAGUGAAGAUGUUGUUUGUGUAUCUGCUUUGACUGGUGAUGGCUUACAGGAAUUCUGCAAUGCGGUGCAAGAAAAGUUGAAGGAUUCAAUGGUUCCAGUGGAAGCCUUAGUCCCGUUUGACAAAGGAGAGCUUCUCAGUUCCAUACAUCAGGUUGGAAUGGUGGAGAAAACUGAAUAUACUGAGAAUGGUACAUUGGUCAAGGCAUUUGUCCCCCUUCGAUUUGCUAGGCUGCUUACCCCAAUGAGGCAGCUGUGUAAAUCAUAACUUUAACUUUCUCGAAUGUGUCGUGACCUUUUUUAACACUUAGUGCCAUCAUAAAAUACAUCAUGUAUUUGUUGACCCAAAAGCAAUUACCUUCAAUGAAUUUGUAAGGAGAGGGAAAAAAAUGCUGAAGGAGAGAGAAAGGAGAAUGGGGAGACUGAACAGUGAUUGUUCAGGAGACCAGUGUAUAUAGAAGCCAAACUUUGUACAGUUGUAUCUUUAAAAGAUGUAAUAGAUCUUGACAGCAAUGAAAGGAAUUCUAAUUCUCUUCCAGAAUACAAUUUCAAC